AUGAGGUUCUCGUCACUGUCUCUCGCCCUCUGGGCAGGCGUGGCGACGAUGGUCUCGGCGCUCCCUAGUCAUGGAGUUGCUCUAGAACAACAGGAUGUGCCAUCAAACAACAUGACAUCCAAGUCUCUUGAAGCGAGGAUUACCUCAACCCCGCUCUUGCUGAGGAUCUUACCUCUUGGUGCCUCCAUUACAUGGGGCUACCUCUCGUCCACUGGAAACGGAUACCGGAAACCACUAAGAGAUCAGCUCAGGUAUGCCGGGUACGAAGUCGACAUGGUUGGCACCAAGCAAAAUGGAGAUAUGGUAGACCGCGACGUGGAAGCACACAUAGGAGACGUUAUCACCCAAGUCCAAACUGCUGCGAAGGGCUCGCUCCAAUACAAGCCGAAUGUAGUACUGAUUAAUGCCGGCACAAAUGACUGUCUUCAAUCGCUCGAUAUUCCCAACGCUGGUGCACGGAUGAAGACGCUCAUUGACAUGCUGCUGGACAGUGGCUUCGAUACGACGGUCGUUCUCUCGACGUUGAUUCCGUGUGCUGAUUCCGUGGGGGAGAGCCACCGCGGGAGCGUCAAUUCUCAGUAUCGCGACCUCGUCACACAGAUGCAGGGCGAGAAAAAGAAGGUCGUUCUCGCCGACAUGGACCCGCCACAACCAUCUCCGGCGAAUGGCUGGCUGGACCUGAGCACUGAUUAUGCCGACCCCAUACAUCCUAAUGAUGUAGGCUACUCGAAAAUGGCCGACGUCUGGUACCAAGCUAUCCACUCGGCUAUAACAGCCGGGUACAUCACGAAUCCCGGGCAAAGCCUCACUAUAAGCUCGGGCUCAAGUAGCUGUGAGAAGAAGUACGGAGACGGAGUCUACGCCGGAGGCCUGACUCAGACGGGUAGUGGCCAGGAUGACGGCAUCUAUCUGCAUGACAGCCAGUCCCAGGGCAUUGUAUUGACUGUCGAAAGCGACUACGACCGGGGUCAGUACUUCUUCGUCAGGCUAUACUCAAGAGAACGGGACGACUUCGUUGGCUGGUACGAGAGAGAGGACGGCUCGCAGUGGUACGGCGUCUGGCGGAAUACGGGAGACUCAUCGAACCGCUACGUCAAGGUUGCCGACAUGAGCGUCGUCAUUCCUUGCAUUCCUAAAGGGGUUAACUUUGUUGACAUCAAUGGUGAUGGUCUGGAUGACUUUGUGUGCAUCGGGCCCGAAGGAGACGCGUAUGCUGCUAUCAACCAAGGCAACGGCAACGACGAGAACCCACCGACGUUUGACGGCUAUCCACAGGCACAAGUGAGACUCGGCGAUGUUGACGGUGAUGGGCGGGCUGACUAUUGCGUCUUGGCUCUGAACGGCGACAUGCACUGCUGGCGGAAUGGCUGGAUUGAGGACACUCCAGCUUACUGGCAGGACCUCGGGAAGAGGUUCACCGGCCAGAACAUGGGCAAUCUCACGGGCGUGCGCUUGGAAGACAUAAACGGCGAUGGACGCGAUGACUGGAUGUGGAUCGGUGACACAGGCGAGGUUUAUACCCAGACCAACACGCGGAGCUGCGAAAAGGGAGAGCCCGGCGAUGGCCUCAACAUUGCCUGGCAUCAGGCCUUCAAGAAGGGCUCAAACUCCGGGCCGACCCAUGCUGGCAUGGGCGUCAACGGUGUUCGCGAACGCAUUCACUUCGCCCGGGUCUACGGCGUGCCUGAGGCCUUUGGAUUACUAGGACGCCAGGAUUAUGUCUACCUUGACCACAGCACGGAUGGGAAAAGGCAUAAGUUUGACUUACGCGUCUGGCAAAAUUCCGGGUCUGGCUCUGCUAAGCUGAAAGCCGACGGCGACAAGUACUGUAACAUGGUCGGCCACUCCAAUGGCAUGAUGGACUAUGUCUGGACGCUCUCUACUGGCCAAAUGACCUUGUAUCCUAACCGCGGGAUGAAGAGCGUGGUCAACGGUGGGCCCUCGUUUUGGGACGCCGCAGUCAUUAUUUGGGAUCCGUCGACCUGGGGUGCCGAGCUCGAUCGUCGAGACCUUCACCUUGUUGAUUGGGACGGCGACGGGGCUUGCGAUAUUGUCUGGGUCGAUCCUAAUAACCAGAACAAGCCACAGCUAUGGAAGAACCAGUACAAAGCCACCGGAAAAUGGACUUGGGAGUACGACUCAAACCCGGCACCUGAUCUCUACUGUCCCGAGAAGCGUGGUGUAGGUAUCUUUGAUCUUCCCGUAAAGUUUGCGGAUAUUUCGGGCAACGGAAAGGGUGACUACUUAUGCAUCGAGAAAGAUGGGCGUACCUGGGGCUUCAUCCACAAUAGCGACGAUACGUGGGAAUAUAUUGACCAGUUCAAAUACUCGGAACAGAAAGACCGAGCAAAUCUCCACUGGGCGGAUGUCAAUGGCGACGGUCGAGCCGACUUGAUCUAUACGGACAAGUUCAAUGGCGACGGCUGGGUCUGGUGGAACAACGGCCGCAAGGAUGUUUCCGGUAGCCGCUACGAAUGGGUGCCGGCUGGGCCGCGAUAUAUGGGCAACCGUGCUGGGAAUUGUAUGCAUUAUCCCGACCUCCAAGGCGAUAAGCGGGCCGACAUGCACGCAUUGACGGGGACCUGGACCAACCAGGCCGAGACAUGGUUCAAUGAAUGUUCUCAAGAUGCUCAGGGCGAUGAUCCAGGGGGCAUCACCGAUCCAGUCCUCCCCACGCAACCCGGCACGUUCAUACAGGAGGACUGCAAUUCCGGAACCGGUCCAGAUGAUCCGCCAGACUUGCAAGUGCUUUGUACCAUGACGUGUAUGUAUGGUGUCUGUCCAGAGCCGUGUACUUGCCUCAAGACCGGUCCCCCUAAGACUCCGGCUGACGGCGACGGUACUGUCGGCACUGCGCUACCGGGUGAGUCCGGCGCCGUCGAGACACUCUGCGCAUUUGCUUGCGCGCGCGGCUACUGCCCUCCCAGCCUGUGUACGAAGUCCAAAACGAGUACCGGUCCCACGCAGAACCCGAAUUGCUUGAACGGCAAGUCGAACUUUCACGAUUCCAACUGGCCCUGCAUUCUAUGCUCCGAUCCGGGUGUGGCGGACACUGUCGAUGCAGUCGACCGAUGGAACAACGCGGAAGCUGACUCCGCUUUGGCCUACGGCUUAGACGACUACCGUUCCAACGUGGGCGCCGGUGUUAUCAGUGAGGGAAAUGUGGUUUCCUUGCUCGCCAGGUACUUCAAUAUCACGCCGGGAGGCACGGAGCCCUCAACACGCGAGUGCUUCCUUGACGACCAGACACACUGCGAGGACGUCAACAUCUGUGACGCCAAUGCUCCUGCUGGGGCCCUCAUCUUUGACGCUUUCUCCAACCUCCAAGGGCUGUUCCAAGCUUGGUAUGACGGGACAACAGAUGCUCAUGGUGCUGUUGCGGACAAGGUCGGCAACAUCACCGCUACCUUUGCGACGAUCGAAGUUGAGAGCGACACUGCUUUUAAGCUUAUCCUUGAUGUCAUCACGCUGGGAUAUGGUCAAAUCGGGAGUUACGUUUGGAACAAAGUCCUCAAAGAUUCCUCGUUCUUCACAAAGACCGCUGAUAGGAAGAACGACCAUGGGUGGUUCAAAGAUGCUUCAAAUAACAUGGUGUCCACCGCUUUAACGAUUGCCAAGGACUCCGGCCAGGCGGCACAAAUCAAGAUUGCUCAGAGUACCGAGAUCAGUAACGGUCUGGCAAGUCUCUACACACAGUUCACUGGCUUUAUUAACUCACAGCUGAGUGCAACUUUCAACGGGUCGAAUCUUGAUUCUCUACAAACAAUGCUGACCGGGGGAGUGUUUGCAGAGGCUUUUGGGGGCAACGUCAGCCAGGCGACGUUGCAGCCGGGCAUGGAGGCUGUCCUCCUGUCUCUCUUGAUUCCCCAGGCGUGGGCCCUGUCGGCGGAUGUUAAUCCUGUCAUCCUGAUGCAGCCAGGCGCGAACAAUCAGACGAACCCAUUUGAGCACGUCUAUGCGGAUGGCUUGAACAGUGACAACAUCGACAAUCAGUUCCACAGCAAACAGGGUGCGAAUAAUUGGGGCCUUUCGGACGAUGAUGCGAACAGGCUUCGGAUUACAGUUGACGAUUACUCACUCUACAUGUUCACGGUGCACCCGAGCAUGGGACUCACCCUCGGCAACCAAGAGUGGUCGAACGUUACAAUGAAUGACAUAGUUGUCAGUUCUUUCCAAGGGUUUCAGCUGAACGGGAAUAAGAAUGGCUACCACCUCGACCCGACUAGUGCUGAUGAUAUAAUGUUUAUUGACGGCCUGGGCACUAAAGGCGACUUUGCUUUCCAAAACUUCCUUGCGACGCCGGGAUUUUUUACAAUUCCUGUGUGUACGGUUGAAGACAUCGUGUUCAACGCGUACAUUGCAGGGGUUGCUCCCGAUGACUGCGAGUACUUUCCGUGCUGCGGCGUCCCGGAUGAUUGGGUACUCAUUAUUGACGGCAACAAUUGA